CUUCCAUCAUCACUUCACUCAGAGGAGGCUACUGGCCCAAGAGGACGACAGAAACCAGUCUCUGAUGCCCACCGCAUUCUCCAGCUUCGGGCCUCAAGCUCUGUAGCUGAGAAGGCGAGGCCUAAUGUUACACCACCGGCCAAGGAGGCGGGUUUGGCACGGCCACUCCAAGGCCAAAGCGAGAAAAUCUUACUGCGCACGCGCAAUAGACAGCCGAUGGAGCCACCGAUGGAGCCGUCCGGAGGGGAGCAAGAGCCCGGAGCCGUCAGGCUCCUGGACCUGCCCUGGGAAGAUGUGCUGCUCCCACACGUCCUGAACCGCGUCCCGCUGUGCCAGCUGCUCCGGCUGCAGCGCGUUAGCCGGGCCUUCCGGGCGCUGGUGCAGCUUCACCUGGCCGGGCUGCGUCGCUUCGAUGCCGCGCAGGUGGGUCUGCAGAUCCCGCGGGCCGCAUUGGCCCGGCUGCUGCGGGACGCCGAGGGGCUGCAGGAGCUGGCGCUGGCGCCGUGUCACGAAUGGUUGUCAGACGAGGACCUGGUGCCGGUGCUGGCGCGUAAUCCGCAGCUGCGGAGUGUGGCGCUGGGCGGUUGCGGGCAACUGAGUCGUCGGGCGCUUGGGGCGCUGGCCGAGGGCUGCCCACGCCUGCAGCGCCUGUCGCUCGCGCACUGUGACUGGGUGGACGGGCUGGCGCUGCGCGGCCUCGCUGACCGCUGCCCGGCCCUGGAGGAGCUGGAUCUCACCGCCUGCCGCCAGCUCAAGGACGAGGCCAUCGUGUACCUGGCGCAGAGGCGCGGCGCUGGCCUCCGCAGCCUCUCUCUGGCCGUCAACGCCAAUGUGGGGGACGCCGCGGUUCAAGAGUUGGCUCGGAACUGCCCAGAACUCCAGCACCUUGACCUCACCGGCUGCCUCCGCGUCGGAAGCGACGGUGUCAGGACAUUGGCCGAGUACUGCCCAGCGCUGCGCUCUCUGCGGGUGCGGCACUGCCACCAUGUGGCGGAGUCCAGCCUGAGCCGCUUGCGGAAGCGCGGCGUGGACAUCGACGUGGAGCCGCCGCUGCACCAGGCCCUGGUGCUCCUGCAGGAUAUGGCUGGCUUCGCACCUUUUGUCAAUCUGCAGGUCUGACGCGCCUGCCAAUCGGAGCACAGCUGGACUGUGUGGCUGGGGCCUGACACUGAGCUGUAGGGAACCUGAACUGUGGGGACCUCUGGUGAGAGGCCAGUGCCCUGCCCCACCCUGGAGCUUCAAAUAAAGAACUUUUUACCCCCUC